AUGGCAGGUUCAUCGUUGUGGAAUCAGUUCGGAUACAUUCUAGCUGUAGCUGGCUUGUGCUGCUGCUGCUUGAUCACUCCGACCUUUGCCAAUCCACUGCAGGACGUACCCGAUAGACGCAUCAACAAUGGCGUGGAAGCUGGUCCCACCGAUAUUCCGUUCGCGGCUGGCGUUCUCGUGACGCGUCCCUCCCAAACCUACUUUUGCGGUGGUACACUGAUCUCUCUGCGCCACAUCCUGACCUCUGCCAACUGUGUGGAUGGCUACCGUACCAUCACCGUUAUGCUCGGUGCGUACGACAUGACCAUGGUGCAGGACUUUAUUACCGUCUCGUCCGUAUUGGUUCAUCCGAACUUUAGCUCAUUCUUCUACACGAACGAUCUAGCGAUCUUGACCCUUUCCCGCCCAGCACAGCUCAGCGAGCGUGUUCAGAUCGCUCAGCUUCCCAGUCGUCUGUACAUUGGACAUUCGUUUAACAACUACGAAACUACGGUAGCGGGAUGGGGUCGAACCGGAUCCAACACGGGGGAGGUUGUUCCGGUGCGACGUCUCCUAUACUUCCGUGCACGGGUUAUCACCAAUACGAGCUGCCUGAUUAGUUUCCCGCUGUAUCUUAGCUCCACGAACAUCUGUACUUCGACCGGGGAGGGUGCGGCGUGUGUUGGCGAUGAAGGAGGCCCCGUGACGGUGACAGAAAAUGGACAGACCAUUCUGAUCGGCGUACAUUCGUACGGCUUUUCGAUGGGUUGUGAGCGAAGCUGGCCAUCGGUACACACGCGCAUCACCGAGUAUCUCACGUGGAUCGAAAACAAUUCGGACGCAGUUGUCGUGUGA